AUGGGUGCAGAAGACCAGGAGAGUGAUUGUCUUUACGUAUCCCAUCUCAGCGGUGAAGACUCCCCUCAAUGUGGCUCUUUUGCUGUGCCCUGCCGGACAUUACCACAAGCGCUACUUCUAGUGAACAGUGGUGGCAAAAUUUGCCUCAAUGGGACAAACAGUGAGUCAAAUCCAUACGAAUGUUUGAAAACGGUUGGUCCCAAUGGAACGAAAUUGAGAGCUGUGGGGAAAAGUGUAUCGAUACAGGGUGUAUCCUCCCCGGCACACAUUUCAUGUGGAUUAGUAUUUGCAUCAAGGUCGAAAUAUGGUUCUGUCGAGGUUUCUCUCUCAAACCUUGUAUUCAAUAAUAGCAGGUAUGGAUUAGUUUUGUUCAAUGUGCCUUCUUAUGAUGUCGUCAUCUCCAAUUGCAAAUUUAUCAAUUGCACGAGGGCCAUUUUCAUGUUGUGGGAAGGAAGUCAGGUUUCUUCUUUCAUCGAUCAAAAGUCUUCACUUGAGGUUUCUGAUAGUGAAUUCCGCAACAACACAUUCAGCAUAGAAUUUGGUCCAAAGUUCAAAAUCGGCUCCGUCAAAGUUUCUCUCUCAAACCUUCUUUUCGACAAUGGCACGUAUGGUGUAGCCCUCGUCAAUGUGUCCUCCUUUGAUAUCGUCAUCGCCAAAUGCAAGUUUUUCAACUUCUCUAAGGCAGCCGUUGGUGUGUUCUGGAAUGAGAUUGACUACGUCCGUGAAAAGAGUAGUUUUGUAGCCACUGAUAGUAAAUUCCGGUAUAAUGCAAAAUCUAUUCUUGUCAAGUUCCCUAACGACUUCUUUGAGAUGACCAUAUCAAGAUGUCUUUUCCAGGACGCGAGGGGACGAUUUCAUGUUACAAAUGAUGAUAGAAGUAUAAAAGGUGCCGUGUUUGUCCGUUCUCAAGCUAGUCCAGUUAUAACGUAUCCUAUUCGUGUCUUAGUCUCAAUUACUAACUCUAUUUUCCAAGACCUGGGCCAUAAAGACAACAGCUUCGCUGUAUCCGUAAGAGUUGACAACCUCUUUGGCGAUGGGAAUGUAUCAUUAUUAAACACGUCGUUUCUUAACAACGAAAAUUCUGUCUUUGUGCACGGCGGGUUUGGAGUAAAUUUGACUUACGUAACGGUUCAUUCCACAUACGGGUAUGCUAUCAUGGCCAGUGCUCCCCCUAAAACAUCCAUUAAAGCGCCAGGUGUAAAGGUCUUCCUUGAAAGGUGCGUCUUGGUGGACAACCGGAUUGGCAUAAGGAUGUCAACGACCACUUGCUUAGAUAAUACGGCUCGGUAUUGUUCAACGGGCGACCAAACGCUUGUUGUAAAAAACAGUCUUAUCAACGUGGGCAUCGCUGGAGCAUUGAGCUUUUUGAAUGGCAACGUCACUAUCAAGAACUGUGCAUUUAAAAACAAUGAGGGAGUGGCUUUGGGAGGUCAUGUAUAUAUGAAGACAGGCUUCGGCAUUCUGAACAUCAAUAAUUGUAGCUUCCUGCAAAACGAAACAAGUUUGAUAGGUCAUUCCAACGUGUCAGCCGUUGGUUGUUUUCUUAGAUCCGAGAGCGCUGGUCCGUUAAAGAUUCAAAAUUCGUCUUUUGUAGCAGACGUUAAUCAAGAAUUCGAUCCAAUCUUUGCUGUGACGAAAAGCAAUACGAUUAAGAUCGACAGUUCGACCUCCUUCAAAUGUCCAGAUGGAAAACAGAUCAAGCUCGAAAACAUCGCCAGACAAGCCGGUUUCGAACUUGUUAGAGAGGGUAAGACUUGCUGGAUAAGCGUAGCUUAUGUCACAUUUUUUUGUGGAGAGUGUCAGGAUGGAUUCUAUAAUUUAAAAAGAGGAUCCUCCAGUGGUCUGGAUAUUCACAAGGAAACAAAAUGUCUUAAAUGUCCUUACGGGGCGACGUGUGAAAAUGGAGACAUCGAAGCCCAAGAAAACUUUUGGGGCUGCUACUCUUCACCACUAUCAACUAAGCUGGAGUUUCAUCCCUGUCCACUGGAAUACUGCCGACCUCCUACCCGUCCUAAUACUUAUGCUUUUAAUGGUUGCCAUGGCAGCAGGACAGGCGUUUUAUGCGGCCAAUGUACUGAGGGAUUCAGCGAAGACUUAUAUUCCACAUCUUGUCGAGAGAGAGAAAAAUGCCAUGAUCACUGGUUUUGGAUAGCGAGUUUAAUCUACGUAAUAAUGUUGUCUCUCUACCUCGUUUUCAAGCCGCCUAUCUUCCCGUGGCUGUACCGGCAAUGCUUGUGGUUUAGAAAGAAAUCCAACAGCAGCCAAAGACAGGCAGCACCACAUGAAGGAAACGAUGAAGAACACGAUGCCGGGUAUUUCAAGACCAUCUUCUACUUUUAUCAAGUUGCUGAGAUACUGAUGAUCAAGUCCCCUGAGGCAGCCCUUCACAUAGUUCCUUUUGUUACGCCAGUCAUUGCACUCUUUAAUUUCCAGAUACGGACCAUUAAUGGCAGCAUUGGAUGCCCAUUUCCUGGCUUCAAUGUUGUCACCAAAGAGUUGUUUUUGUGUUUGAAGUUCUUAGCGACGUUGCUCUCCAUUGCCAUAAUUUAUGCCAUCCAUCGAGUCAUAAGUCGGUUCCGGCACAUUCCUAAACCUUCCCUUACACUAUACCUGGCUGUGGUUCUGGAGACCCUGUUACUAGGCUACGAGACCCUAGCAGAUACAUCUCUGAAGCUCAUGCACUGCGUUCCCGUAGGGCGGGAGUGGCGUCUGUUCAUAGAUGGAAACAUCCCCUGUUGGCAGUGGUGGCAGUAUAUGCAAAUUGUCUUCAUCUUGGUAUUUAUUAUUCCCCUUGUGCUCGUCCUCUUCUGGGGAUCGCUGAUGCUUUCCAAAGACAAAUUGUCAGCCAAGGAGUUCUUGACUUCCUGUGCAUUUCCUUUGCCCUUUCUUUUCAUCUGGCUCUAUCGCUACGUUUUCAAGAAACCAAGUUUUCACGGGUUUGAACUGUUUUGGGGGAAUACCCACGAUGCCGAAGAAAUUAAGAAAGUUCUCCAUGAUCCAUUCCGUCCACCCUGUGGUGAUGACCAUGGUACAUUGUACUGGGAGAGUGUGCUGACCGGUCGGAGGUUCCUACUACUGACCAUUCGUAACUUCAUCACUGAUCCUUUAACGCGAUUCAUCUGUUUGGAUUUCGCAUGUGUUGUAACUCUGGUGCAUCAUCUUGUGUCGAGACCAUUUCGUGACCGUAAGGCCAACAUAUGUGAAGCCCUUUCUCUUAUGAGUCUUGUUGCUAUUUGCACUUUCAACUUGGCAGAAGUCACCCUUAUCGCCCAGGGACUCGAGCCUACUGGACCAAGAGAGAACCUUUUUUACGCGUUGGAGUGGAUGGAAGUCGCUUUGCUUGGCUUUCUACCAGCUAUAGCCUGCAUCCUGGUAGUGCUUGCGGCCUUAUCUCAAGUCAUACGAGUGCCGUACUACUGCCUCAGACUAUUACGAAGAACCGUGUGUCUGCGUUAUCAUUUCUAAAAGUCCUGUCAAAUCAUUGUGCAGAUGGAUAUAACAAGGCUGUCAUGUGUAAUGUUUACCAUGUCAUUACCUAGUAAAUUGUUUUGUAUUGUUAUGUCUUUAUCAUCAGUAUACCAACUUUCAGCAACUUUAACAUAGUUUAUUUGAUUACUCUAACACUCUAACACUGUUCUAUGAGUGAAUGUGUUCUACAGCUCGUAAGUUAAAGUCUUCUGACUAGUUUCCGAGGUUUUAAGUUUGUGUAGAUCUUCCAUGGUAACUUAAAUAAGAUAACUAGCAAUUUUUAAACUUUUUGCGACCAACGUAAAGAGUAGACAAAUACACCUUUUAUUUAAGUAAAUAAUAGCAUUUGUUGUCAGUCCUUCGUGUUGAUAUAUUGUCACUUUAUAACGAAAUAUUUUUAUUUGCAAGUUAUGGAAAACUACGUAGGUUUAAGAGUUAAGCUUGCAUCAUUCUGGAAAUUUAGGGUCCUUAGAAAUCUUAAUGAAAUGAAAACAGUAAGGCAUCGAGCACUAAAAGGUAGAAUAUCUUUGUCAUUUGUGGGACUGUGACGUCUGUUAGAUAACCAUUUUCCACUCUUAGUUGACAAAUUUUACCAUUGUGCUAAGAUAUUGUUUUUUGCGAGGUGCUAAUAAAACCAUUUUAAAUUUA